AUGAUUAAUUUGAAGACUAUGUUGUCUAGCAAGGUGAUUAGAGUCAUGAAAAGAAAAUAAGAAGUGCCAGUUUAAAAGCCAGUGGCAGAUUAAAAGUUACCUUCUCCAGCAAAUAAUACAAAUAGCAACUCCAAUUACUAGUUAUUGGAAGAACUAAAGUUAGAGGAUGAUUAGCUUUAGCAAGCUCGAAGGAGAAGUAAAAAAUCAUUAGAGGCAGGAGAAACUCUUCAAUCAAUGAUCGAAAAAUCAGAGAGAAAAAGCAAAGAAUUCGAAAAUGAAAAGGGGGAGAUUAUUAAUAUUGAGAAUAUCUACAAAAAAGUGUUUGACGAAUUUUCAAACUUCAGCAAGAACUUUGUUAGCAAGUUACCUCAGCCUAAAACAGAUCUUCAAGAUUUUUUAAGUAUGUUUCACCAAGAGAAAAAGGAUCCUUCAAUGCUAAGUGAAUAAGUAGAUGAAGAUUUAAUUAGCGUGUCAGACUACAUAUUUUAUGACAAGGAUCAAGUUAUGAAAACUGAGGCAUAUUACGUCACAAAGACGUCGUAAAUCAAAGGCUUCAUUCACUUACACCAAUACUACCUUUACUUUGAGCCAGACAAAGAUCAACUGCAAUAGUUCAAUGCUUAUUUCGAUUAUUAAGAUAUUUACAACGCAGAUAUCUUAAAGCUUAUUAGUGAAAAGGCAUUGCAAACUGAUAAUAACUUCAUCAAGAAAGCUUAUAAAUAUGACUACAUCAUCUAAAUUAAUUUAACAACAGUAAAUGGCCUUACACUCAAAAGUGAAUCUACUGAGAAAACUCCAAUCGCUAAUGUCUUUAUAAAGUUUCAACAUUUUGAUAUGGAGGGGAUGAUAUUGACUAAUAAAAACCAAAAGAAAAUUGUAAAAGCUGUUUACGAAAAACUCAAUGAGCAGAUUCAGGCUGCUCCUAAAAAUGAAGUAUCAGGGACCUAUACUCCUUAUUACGAUAUAAUCCUUAGUGAGCAAGCAAAGAGUAAACUCACAGAAGUCAAAAUGACUUAGUUUGUGAGUGAUAAAGUGAAAGGAGGAGCAGCUAAGAUUGUAUUGAAAACAGCACCUUCGACAUAAUAAUAAACUCUUAUCAAAUUUAUUCCCAAAAAGAGUGACAAAUCAGAGAUUCUUACUGACUUAUAAAUAAGUAAUUUAGUAGAACAUUUUCCUUCUAUGAUGAUGACCAUGGAUUGGGAGUUAGUGUACUCUAUCAAUCGAGAUGGAGAUUCUGAGGGAACAUUCUUUGAAAAAUGCAAAUAAUGGAAAUAUACUCUUCUUGUAAUUAAGGACACCAAUGGCUAUAUAUUCGGAGGUUUCUGCUCUGAGACUUGGAAGAAUUCAUCUAAGUUCUUUGGAACAGGGGAAAAUUUCGUGUAUACUUUCAAAAAUGGAGAUGUACCAAUAGCUUAUUAUUGGUCUGGAGAAAACGACUAGUUAUAAUGGGCAAAUGAGACUAGUAUUGGAUUAGGAGGUGGAACUUAUGGAAGAUUUGGCAUCUAUCUUAAGGAUCAUUUUUAUAGAGGCAGCAGCUCUAAAACAUCAACAUUUAAUAAUGAAAUAUUGUCUAGUGGUAGUGACUUCACCUGCACUUUAUUUGAAGUGUGGGGAUUCGAAUGA